AUAUGCCUUUGUGCCCUUAUAUGAUGUGGGAGUGUCAUAUAUCAAUCUGUUGAUUUCAUUGGUUAAGUUAUAAUAAACCAGCUGCUUGGCCUCAUGGCUGGAACAUAGAUGGGAGGAGUAAACAGAAUAGAAUUCUGGGCGGAAGAGGAAGUGAGGUCAGACUCUGCUCUGCUCCCAGAGAGACCCGACAGCUCUGCUGGAGCAGAGACGCCAUGCUCAGCUCUCCCAGGCAGCUGCAACCCACGAUGGACUUAGGCUAGAAUCUUUCCGCUGUGCUCCCCCUGAUGAAACUGAAUCCUCCAGCUGCUGUGUCCCGGCGCCGCCUCCCUCGGCGCCCCUGCUCUGCCCUGCCCUGAGCAGCCAGCCGCGCCGCCCACAGUCCCCGACUACUCUGCAGGUCACCAGCCCUGAAGAUGAAGGUUUGGCUGCUGCUGGGACUUCUGUUGGUACACGAAGCACUGCAAGAUGUUGCUGGUCAACACCCCCCAAAGAACAAGCGUCCAAAGGAACAAGGAGAAAACAGGAUUAAACCUGCCAACAAAAAAGCCAAACCCAAGGUUCCAAAAAUAAAGGACAGGGACUCAGCUGACUCCACACCAAAGAGCCAGUCCAUCAUGAUGCAAGCAACGGACAACGGUCGCUUCCAGAAACCUGGUGCUGUGAUGAGUCUGACGGCAGGGCAAACUGUAGAGCUCCGCUGUAAAGGGAGCAGGGUGGAGUGGAGUUACCCCGCCUAUCUGGACACCUUCAAGGACUCCCGUCUCAGUGUGAAGCAGAAUGAGCGCUAUGGGCAACUGACUCUGGCCAACUCCACCUCAGCCGACACGGGUGAAUUCAGCUGCUGGGGGCAACUGUGCAACGGUUACAUCUGCCGACGAGACGAGACCAGAACAGGCUCCACCUACAUCUUCUUCACAGAGAAAGGAGAGCUGUUUGUACCUUCCACCAGUUACUUUGAUGUUGUCUACCUGAACCCGGACAGACAGGCUGUGGUUCCUUGUCGAGUUACAGUGCCAUCAGCCAAAGUCACGCUCCACAGAGAGUUUCCGGCCAAAGAAAUCCCUGCCAACGGAACAGACAUUGUUUAUGACAUGAAGAGAGGCUUUGUAUACCUUCAGCCUCAGUCUCAUCACCAGGGUGUGGUCUACUGCAAAGCUGAGGCUGGGGGCAAGUCUCAGAUCUCCGUCAAGUAUCAGCUGCUCUACGUGGAAGUUCCCAGUGGCCCUCCGUCAACAACCAUCUUGGCCUCCUCCAACAAAGUGAACGGUGGGGAUGACAUCAGCGUGCUGUGCACUGUCCUCGGGGAGCCGGAUGUUGAGGUGGAGUUCAGGUGGAUCUUUCCUGGACAGAAGGACGAAAGGCCCGUGACCAUUCAAGACACCUGGAGACUGAUCCACCGAGGACUGGGGCACACCACAAGAAUCUCCCAGAGUGUCAUCACUGUUGAAGACUUUGAGACGAUUGAUGCAGGGUAUUAUAUAUGCACAGCUCAGAAUCUCCGAGGACAGACAACAGUGGCUACCACUGUUGAGUUUUCCUGACUUGGAAAGUGAAGUACGGUCAACUGAUGGAAAGCCAUCUGUAUAUACAACAUCGGGGUGCUUUUUUUUUUUUAGAAAAAAAAAAGAGCUUUGUGGGAGGCCAGUACCAAAGGCCAACCGCUGCCUGUGGGUCAGACAGACAUCCAAAACAAACGGAAGUCAUCCGUCUAUUAAAAGAAGUGCUAACUUUCCUAGAAGAAAAGUGUAUUUUGAUUACUUUCAACCAUGUUUCUCAUUUUUAUGCCAAGAAAACAUGUCAACAACUUUGUGUAAUCAUUUCUAUUAAAUGAGCAAGACUUUAUAAAAAAAGAUAUAACCUGCUUGUUGUCUCCUUUGGCUUGUGCAUACUGAAGGGCUUGACAGCAAUCUCUGUGGUACCCGCUUGUGUUCAACCGCUUACAAGCAACAACUCGAGAUCCAAGUGCUUAGAUAUGCCACUUUAUCAAAGCUAAUGUGAGUUCAUUUAUAAAGGUAUCAAAAAUCACACGUUUUUACAUUAAAUCGCCACACCAAAAGUACGCAUUUUAAAUUUCUUAAACAAUUUAGCCUUUAACAUAACAUAGAUGAACAGAGUAAGGAAGGUUCAGCUUUGGCUAGAUCUGUCUUCAAAAGGACUUGAGACCGCAGCCGUUCCAAUUUUCUUACACCAUGCAGAAGAAAUUUGCUUCGACUAGCCAAAAUUCAGCAUUUGAAUUUCAAUAAGCUUAACCGGUAAGCUCAAGCUCUGCGCAAGUCAAUCUAAGCCCACAACAAACACUGGCACUGGGUUGGGGAGUUCUGUACACUAGCGUAGGGGCCUGUCUGAGCGGAUGAGUGUCGAGAAGGGUAUUUUUAACAUAACCUAAUGCUUUGAAGCGUGAAGUAUGUAGAGGCUGCCAUCCUUACAGUGAAUAUUUCAGCGUUAUUUAUUUGAUCAAAGAAAAAUACGCUUUCCGUCGCUACAAACUACAGUUGUUCACACAGCCUCAUUUUUACGAUGUGUCAACAGUUUUGCAUCCUACAUGAAACGUUUAAAAAAAAAAAAACCUGUCUAUUUUGUUUCCUAUCUUUUCUCGUCUUCUAC